UUGGUAAUCCCGAUUCCGACUGCUGUCGUGGACUUUUCUCGGGAUUCAAUUCUAAAUCACAUUGCUACUCUCGCGAUCAUUGAAGUCAAAUUUUAAGCAGAAGGUAGUUUGACGAUAGUAACCUUGUGGUUUCCGUUUUUUACCUGGCCUUACUGGAUCCGGUCUGCAGGUCUGCAGGCGAAACGUCAUCCGCGCAAAGCCGCUUACACGCACAGUGGGGAGCUCCGACCUCCAUGGUGCUGCUACCCGAGGUAUCCCGCUCGUUGUUCAGACGACUAAGAGUGCCGGCAUCGAUGCCCCGCCAAAACCCGCCGGACACAGGAAAACACCCCGCCCGGCUUUCGCUCAUCUCACGACAUCUCGCUCCCGUAUACCCGAUCAACACCCCGUACACGGUCGAGCGAUUACCGGACACCAUCGAGACCUCCCUCCUGCCCAAAGCACAGUCGCGCAAAAUGUCGUCCCAACCUCCACACCCGACGCUGCUGAUUCCGGGCCCCAUCGAGUUUGACGAUGCGGUGCUGCAGUCCAUGAGCCACUUCAGCGAGAGUCAUGUCGGUGCCGGCUUCGUCGCGAAGUUCGGCGAGACCCUCUCGAUGCUGCGCAAGCUCUUCCAGACCACGGACCCCUCGGCGCAGCCUUUCGUCCUCUCCGGCUCGGGCACGCUCGGCUGGGAUCUCGUGGCCGCCAACCUGAUCGAGCCCGGCGAGGACGUCCUCGUGCUCGGCACCGGCUACUUCAGCGACGGCUUCGCGGACUGUCUGCGCGUGUACGGCGCGAACGUGACGGAGCUCAAGGCGCCUGUCGGCACCAAGCCCCAGCUGCCCGAGAUCGAGAAGGCGCUCUCGGAAAAGAAGUACAAGGCCAUCACCGUCACCCACGUCGACACCUCCACAGGUGUCCUCAGCGAGCUGAAGCAGCUCUCCGCCCUCGUCCACAGAGUCUCGCCCGAAACCCUCAUCAUCGUUGACGGCGUGUGCAGUGUGGCGUGCGAGGAAAUCGACUUCGACGGCUGGGGUCUCGAUGGUGUUGUUACCGCCAGCCAGAAGGCUAUCGGAUGCCCUGCCGGCCUGUCCAUCUCCAUGUUCAGCGGCCGGGCCAUGAAGGCUUUGGAGAACCGCAAGACGCCUCCUGCGGCGUACUUUGCCUCCAUGAAGAACUGGACGCCGAUCAUGAAAAACUACGAAGCCAAGAAGCCCUCCUACUUCGCCACCCCCUCUCCUCAGCUCAUCCACGCCCUGCAUACGGCGCUCAAGCAGAUCCUCGCCAGCCCUCUGUCGGACAGAUUUGCCGCCCAUAAAACAGCGUCCGACAAGGUCAAAAAGGCAAUCACCGACCUGGGCCUGAAGCAGGUCGCGGCCAACCCCGACGAGCAAGCUCACGGCAUGACAGCCAUCUACCUUCCCGAGGGCGUCAAGGGCGCGGACCUCCUGGCCAUCCUCGCCAAGAAGGGCGUCGUCUUUGCCGGCGGCAUCCACAAGGAGAUUGCUACCAAGUAUAUCCGCUUUGGUCACAUGGGUGUCAGCGUGCUCGAUCCUAAGCGGAACGAUAUCGACCAUGCGCUCAAGGCGUUGGAAGAGAGCUUGGUUGAGUGCGGGUAUAAGAAGGCAUAGACUGUACGUAAUGGAUAGAGAAAAAAACGUCCGCUUCCACCUUGCGGCGUGACCGAGAAGAGACAUCGUCUACGAUGCGUCGUCUCGCAUUGUGAAUAGUGUCCCUUGUUCCUAUAUGUCGAGCUUUCGUCGGGAUGUUCAGUCCACUUCAGGGUUAGGGUAAAACGAGAGCAUUUGGGAGUGAGCUUGGCAAACGGCACGGUGGAGCCUCGCUGGAGCUUCCAAACGCCAGCACAACAGGCCGCGGCGGUGCUGAAGGCGGGGUUACAGCGACAAUCGAGAGAGGCUGGUGGGGUUCGGCCUUUUGAGAGCUUUCGACCCGAUCUCAAUCUCUUUUUCCAUGCU